AAAAGAAAAGACAGAAAGUGGGACGUCAGUGUAUGCCUAUUGGCUUGCGCUGUGGUUUGGGGGGUAUGGUUUUUAGAAAGGUUGGAGGAUUACAGAGGGAUAUCUCUUCUCAUCCACAUCUCUCUCUCUCUCUCUUUCUCUCUUUCUCUCUCUCGUUUUUCAUUUUUCAUUUUUCCUUUCUUUUUUUUCCGUCUCUCUGGCUUUUGUUGAAUGUUUUGCUGGUAUCAGAAAGCAAGGUCGCUGUUGAAACAUGGAGGAAAAGAUAGAUGCUUGAUGGUCUGGUGCAGUUCCACUUAGUUGCCUUCACCCUAACUUUUCUCGUCCUCCAACUCCUCUUCCUCUUCUUCUUCCCCUUGCAGGAAGUAAUUAUCUCUUACAUUUCAUUUGAAGCAAAAGAAACUAGGAACCACUACCAAGCAACUGAACAAGUAUAGGUAUCACAGGGUGGACUACUUGAAAGAUUGAAGUGAACUCUCUUCCUGGUUUUAUCUCAUUUUACUGGUUACCUUUUUUUUCUAAAAUUAGGUUUUAUCUUUAGAUCUAAGAAAACCUUUUAAGUAGCUGUUGAAAGAUCUGUGGCUUAUGAAGGAACCAUAGAGUUGCAGUCAUUACCCACCAAACCCUUGAAUUACAUACGAGGGAGAAGAUGAUGAAGGGCUUCAUAAUCCAGCAACACCCAGCUGCUGAUCAGGAGAACAUGUCUAAUUUGACAUCUGCAUCUGGUGAAGCAAGUGUUUCCUCAGGCAACAAAGCUGAAACAGGCGCCAUGUACCCUCAACAGUCGUUUGCCUCACCAAAUCAAACGCCAGUCGUGAAGAAAAAGAGAAACCUUCCAGGCAACCCAGACCCGGAUGCAGAAGUGAUAGCUCUGUCUCCUAAGGCUCUCUUGGCAACAAAUCGAUUCGUUUGUGAGAUUUGUAGCAAAGGGUUUCAGAGAGACCAGAACCUUCAGCUUCAUAGAAGAGGGCAUAAUCUGCCAUGGAAGCUUAAGCAAAGAACAAGCAAAGAGGUAAAGAAGAGAGUAUAUGUGUGCCCAGAACCUACAUGUGUGCACCACGACCCAUCAAGGGCUCUAGGAGACCUCACAGGGAUCAAGAAGCACUUUUGCAGAAAGCAUGGAGAGAAGAAGUGGAAAUGUGAUAAGUGUUCAAAACGUUACGCGGUUCAAUCAGAUUGGAAAGCUCACUCCAAGACUUGUGGCACAAGAGAGUACAGAUGUGACUGUGGAACCCUUUUCUCAAGGAGGGAUAGUUUCAUCACUCACAGAGCCUUCUGUGAUGCUUUAGCAGAAGAGAGUGCAAGAGCAAUCACAACGAACCCACUUCUUGCCCCUCAACCUGGCUCUUCAACAUCACACAUAAACCUACAACCCCAAUUAAUUAAUAACCAUGAUCUUCAAGCACUAUCCCUGAAAAGAGAACAGCAGCAACAGCAGCAGCAGCUUUUCAAUCUGAGGUCGGAUACACCGCCAUGGUUAGCUUGCUCAUCCGUAGUAGGAGCUGGGCCAGGUCCACCGCCUAUUGAUUUCUCCUCAUCACUCUUCUCUACGAGGAUAGACCAAGAAUUCUCACGGACGCAACCCUCAAUACAUCAUGAAAACCUUAAUCCUAAUCCUACUCCUUCCCUUCCGCCUUACAAUCCAUCAGCAUCCCCGCAUAUGUCCGCAACUGCAUUACUGCAAAAAGCAGCUCAGAUGGGUGCAACAAUGAGCAAACCCUCCUCGUCAACAAUGCUCAGACCCCACCAAACUCACAUGCCUGCUACUACUGGUAACACUGCUACAUCUGUUCCUACAACUACAACUGGUUAUGGUCUUUGUUUGUCUUCACGUGAAGAGAUGGAAAGUGGAUUUGUUCAUGGCUUGGCUACUUUUAGGAGUAAAGCUGGUGUAGUUUCUGGCCUUAUUGACCACGUAUCUGCAACUGCAGGAGCUGGAGGUCCUUCUCUUCUUCAAGACAUGAUGACUUCUCUUUCUUCUGCAACUGGGUUUGAUGGGCCUCCCUUUGAUGAAGACCCCUUUGGGAUGUUGAGUUCGAAAAGAGAUGGAAAUCCCAAUGAAUCUCUCUCCAAGACUACGUCAACAACCCACCACCUCAGUAGAAAUGAAGGUGGUGGCAGUGGUGGGGGAGGUGGAGCGGGUGGGAAUGAUGGUUUGACAAGAGAUUUCUUGGGACUUAGAGCUUUCUCUCACAGAGAUAUUCUCAACAUGGCGGGUCUUGAUCACUGCAUGAGUUCUUCUUCUCCAUAUGAUCAGUCUCAGCAGAAUCAAAAACCGUGGCAAGGUUAGCUUUCAAGGUUUUUGUUCUUUUAUAUAUAUUUUUCUCUCCAUUUUUUAUCUUUUUGGUUGAUCGAUUAUACCACAGGUUAGUUACCUAGCUCUUCCGUCAUUUUCUUCUUCUCUCUUUUUCUGUCCUCCCAAAGGGAGCUAGCUAGUUAAUUACUUUUCAUAGACCUAGUAUUUCUGUCGCCAUUGAGUUGUAUCUUUUUUUUUAUCUAUUUUCUCGGUAAGAGGAGAUUAAUAUUUCUUUUGUAAUUCAUCUGGGCUUCUAUAUAUUAGUAAUAAGAAGAAAAAAAGGAAGAAGAAGAAGAAGAAGAAGAAGAAGAAGAAGAAGAAGAAGAAAGAAACCUGCAAAGAGUCUCUAGCUAGCAUUUUCCUUCUUUCUAGCGUCAGUCACUUAGCUUAAUCAUGCUUAAUAACUCUUUUUUCUUUUGCACUUGUAUAUACAUUAGCACCAAUAAUGAAAACAUCAUCGUGGAUUGUUCUGAGCUUGGUUCAGA